CCCAUUGGACCGCUACGACGGAGGAGAGAGAGAAACGCCCAGAGCUCGCAGGACAGGCCGUACGGUGUCCGGCGAAUGGCGGCGAUGGGCGGGAGCGGCGGGCCCGGCGACGACGCGGCGGAGGGCGCAGGAGCCGGGUUCGAAUGGGAUGCCGACUCCCAGCUCUACUACCACGCCAGUACUGCUUUUUACCAUGACCCUGUCGCUGGAUGGUACUACAGCAGCAGAGAUGGCCAAUACUACAUCUACAAAAAUGGAAAUUACAUGCCACUGACGACAGAUCUGGAAAAUGGACCCACAGAAAAUUAUCCAUAUGAUGAGGCCAACCAAGAUAUCUUGGAACACUCUUCAGGCUUGGAAACAGCUACACCUGACAAUGAGAAUGAAACACUGGGACCGCCAUCAGAAUGGAUGGAGGAAACACUGAUAAACUUGUAUUUGUCAGGCUACUCAAACAGUGAAGUCAAUGCUGAAAGUUCAUUAGGGAACACACAUACAAACGAGGAAGACGGAAUUGAGACAACUGGGAACAAACUGGAUAGCUUGACCUCGCACAGUGCUUCAGUAUCUCUGAAUGAUGCUACAUCAGAGCAAACUGAAUUUGAAAUGGAAACAAAGAAUUCCACUGAUGUGCAUGAAUCUUUGGGGGAAGAGGAAGAAAAAUGGCUUGCUCAGUAUGGUCAGGUAGAGAGGUUAAAUGAUGAUCAACCUUUACCUCCAACAAUUGAUAUAUGGGAUUGGGAUGUGGUCCAAGAUCAUGUUAGCAAAGGUCAGCCGGUGGUUAGGCUUGUGGGGUGCUUAUCUAGGGGUUCAAGUAAGCUUCAUCCUUCUCUGCCUGCUCGUGGUGGCCUUCUAAGGACUGCUCCUGUGCGUGAAGUUCAUCUUGACCUUGUGCGAGUUUCAACAGGGAAGCUAUACAGGCUAAGGAACCCUAGCAGAAAGUACUUAGCCUCUUUAUCCACAUAUGACUCCUCCAACCCAACAAAAGAUUGGGGGUUUCCUGAUAUAUAUGCAAAUCCUGAUAUUAAUUUGAGUAAGCAGUCCACUGCAAAGUGCCAAUCUGAAGUUCUUACUGAUGAAUCUUGUAUCGGGGGAAGUGUCUCCGCUGCUAAUACCAUGGAGCCAAAGACAAAAGCUUACAGGGACAGAGCUGCCGAGAGAAGGAUCCUACAUCGUGGCUUAGGGGUAGGGCCUGGACAGAAGCAGAGUAACACCAACAAUUUCGAUGAAUACGAGGAAUCAAUCGAGGACAUUGAUUCAAUGGGAACUGUGUCAGUUGAUUUGAAUUUCCGUUCCAGCGGCUUGCUUUCUGCUAAGAGAAUAAUGGAGAACAUGGGCUGGAAGGAGGGAGAGGCCCUUGGAAAAAGCAGAAAGGGUAUUGUAGAACCUAUACAGCCUACCAUCAACAAACAUGGUGCCGGCUUGGGAUGGAAUCAAACCCGCUAAGAUGUUCCUUUGAAGAUUCCAGUCUGUGUUUUGUAUCAUCUGGAGUUCUAAAAUGUAAUCUAUGUGUAAUAACCCAUCAAAUUUGGUGUUCUUGAUUCAAGUGCAACUAUUUCAACGAAAGAAUUGAGGGAAGUAUGCAACUGCCCUGGCAGCAACUAUCAUGGUAUUUUAUCUUUCUGAGGGCUGGGUUGAAGGCAAUCAUGCUCACCAUGGAUUCUCCACGCCUAGCUGCUGCGAAGCUGACAUCAAGAACAGGUCCUUCCACCACUCUUGAUGAUGAAGAGAUUUUUUAGGGUCUGGACCAUGGCAAGAUGGAUCAAGUUUUUGCCAGCUUCAGAGUUUAUUGCAAAUUAUUUUUGUCUGGCUUCUUAGGCAUGCUCUGGGAGUGGAAGGUGAUGCUGCUGUCAUCAUCCGUUACUGGACAAAUUGACCACCCUGGAAGGUGAUGUUGCUGUCAGCCAUCUCUUGCAGUUUCGUGCUUUGGUAUGCCGAUGCCGAUGCCGAUGCCGAUGCAGAAAACACAAGUCCUGAAACACAACGCAGCAGAUGUCGGCAAGCGACUAGUAUGUCUCAGUUAGGUGUGCUAUGUUGUAAUAAGCCAGAAGAGGACCUCCAAGCAGUAACUUCGAGAUGUUAUCUUUCUAUAUAGUUAGUCCUACUCAUAAAGGGCUGUAGUAGGAAUCAAGUAUAGAAGUGUCAUGUAAUGAUGCACAAUAGAGUAGUGUCGUGUGUAGACUAUGAGCUUAUAUUUAUGAUCCACAAAUAAAUUUAUCUUUUGAAGAAAAUACAUGUCCAUUAGAAACUGGAUUGACUAUCAGCUCAUACUAGUCAUUCUGCA